UAGAAUUUAGUGGUUAAAUGGCGCAUGUGCUUUUUCGUAGGUGAAAUAAGUAAGUGCAUGGAAAAAGAGUUCAAGUGGUCAGUCCAACUGAUAAAAUUAAUUAAGUAAUUUAAAAUUGUUUGCAAAACUUACAAACGCCGAUAACCGAUUGUUUUUGUUUUGAACGUGACGUAUGCAGCUUCCGCCAUCUUAUUUGGUGUGUUUAUUGUUUGAUGCACCCCGCGUCCUCUUGUCUGUGUUAUCGCGUUAAUUUUGGAUUAUAAGUAAGUGAAUAAUAGCAGAUAGAGAUAGGUGUUAAAUUCCUGGAUGUCAAAAUGAACCGGCAAUUUUGGACUAAGACUUAGCUGUAUGCGUAAUGUACUGUUCGAUAUAAUUAAAAAAAUUGAAUUUGUUGUUUGUAAUGGCUUCCCUUCGCGUCCCCUCUGCCUUUGAACAAUGAGUGGAAAUGUUCACGUGAUUAUUCCGAAAUGCAUUUUUUAAAAAAAUGGUAAAGUUUUGUGAAAGAAAAUAAUUCCAGUGUAAUUUCCUGGGCUGAUUAUGAAUUCUACGGAGCAAGGCCCCCUAUCGGGGGCCCAGACCUCAUCGGAAAAUUCGGAAGUACAAGGCACCUCUCAACGGCCUCCACCUGCAACAUCUGUACCAACAGACUUAAGAGUUAACACAACAGCCUUAAAUGCAGUUGCUUUAAGUAGUGUAGCCAAAUAUUGGGUGCUUACCAAUUUGUUACCAGGUCCAAUACCGCAAGUUUCAGUUUAUGGCCUUCCUGGUUCUAAUAGAGCUGAUAAUCAGGGAAAAAUAUCACAAGUUUUGUUACAGGAGGCAAUGCUUAGCCAGCACGCGGCUGCUGGCUUAUUGCCUGCCGAUCCUCUUCUUCUUCAGCAACAUUCUCAAAUUCCUGUUAGCAUUUCGACAUCCCAGGGCGUCACUAAUCUUUCAAUACCUGCGAGUGCCAUGCACUUAGAUCAUCACACCCACAAUAAUCACAAUCAAUCCCUCACUAAUCAGCAAAACGAAGUGCAAACCAUUGUUUCACAGUCAAAUCAAUUAAACACGCAACAAAUUCAAAGCAGCCAACAAAAUCACGUACAAAACUCGCAACAGCAACACCAACAACAGCAGCAGCAGCAGCAACAGCAACAACAACACCAACAGCAACAACAGAAUAUGGUGCAGGUACAGGUGCAGGACAAUUUGGUUUCAGUUAUCGAAGAUAGUAAAGAACAUAAGGAUAUGAUUGCUGCACAAAUAAACCAAAAUCAGAUGCAUUUGAAUGGAAAUCAACAGCAAAUAAAUCAUCAGGCUUUAACGGUGCAACAACUACAACAUAUGCAGGUACAACAGGUUCUUGACAACGUCGUAAGGAUGGAGAAUAACGUCCAAAACGAACAGAAUCAUUCAGGAAACAAUCAGCAAAAUUCAGUUAACGAAAAUCAUAUUCAAAUAAUUAAAGACGAAAAGAAUGUUUCGAAUUGUCCAAAACUUUUGACCAGCGCCUCUCAUUUCGGAAUGCAGGACGUCAAAUCGAAUUUGAUGGAUAUGAGAACGACCGAUGGGAACCCAGUUAAAAUAGCAGGAGGUAUUCCUGAACAAGACUUGGCAAAAUCACUCGGUAUCGAAGUAGUACAAAAUAUUUACAAAGUCAACGUGGACGAUCUCAAUCAGUUGUUAGCAUAUCACGAAGUUUUUGGAAAGUUGCAGGGUGAAAUAGCUACACAAUCCAAUAUAGUCCAAAACACUUCUGGAAAUUCGAAUUUAUCUCUGCAACAGCAGCAGCAACCUCAGCAACAAAACAACAUGUCGAACAAUAUUCAGAUCGUUACCCCAAAAACCCUUUCGGAGAGCGAUCACGAACCAUCUACCAGUUCAAUUACUGCAGACAGUCCUCCUAUUAUAAUGACAGGGACUCACGUUUGUGACAUAUGUGGAAAAAUAUUUCAAUUCCGGUACCAAUUGAUUGUCCACCGACGUUAUCACAGUGAAAGGAAACCUUUCACUUGUCAGGUGUGUGGAAAAGCAUUCACAAAUGCCCAGGAGCUGACCAGACAUGGCAAAUGUCAUUUGGGUGGUAGCAUGUUUACGUGUGCGGUCUGUUUUCACGUUUUCGCGAACGCAGCAUCUUUAGAAAGGCAUAUGAAACGCCAUUCUACUGACAAACCAUACAAUUGUACUAUUUGCGCGAAAUCUUUUGCGAGAAAAGAACACCUGGAAAACCAUACGCGCUGCCAUACUGGUGAAACUCCAUACAGGUGUCAGUAUUGCGCUAAAACGUUCACCAGAAAGGAACACAUGGUAAAUCAUGUCCGUAAACAUACUGGAGAGACUCCGCAUCGAUGUGAAAUAUGUAAAAAGUCGUUUACAAGAAAGGAACACUUUAUGAACCACGUCAUGUGGCAUACCGGUGAAACACCGCACCAUUGCACUAUUUGUGGUAAAAAGUAUACAAGGAAGGAGCACUUGGCUAAUCAUAUGCGGUCACACACUAACGACACGCCUUUCAGAUGUGAAAUAUGUGGCAAGUCGUUCACGAGGAAGGAGCAUUUCACGAAUCAUAUAAUGUGGCACACGGGCGAGACGCCACAUCGUUGUGAUUUUUGUUCGAAAACGUUCACUCGUAAAGAGCACUUACUCAACCAUGUACGACAACAUACCGGUGAAUCUCCUCAUAGGUGCGAGUACUGUUCGAAAUCGUUUACUCGAAAGGAGCAUCUUAUAAAUCACGUCCGACAACAUACAGGUGAGACUCCGUUUAGGUGCAACUUUUGCCCUAAAGCGUUCACGCGUAAAGAUCAUUUGGUCAACCACGUACGACAGCAUACCGGCGAAUCACCCCAUAAGUGCACGUAUUGUACGAAAUCGUUCACUCGCAAGGAACAUUUGACAAACCACGUGCGUCAGCACACUGGCGAAUCGCCUCAUCGAUGUCAUUUUUGUUCGAAACAGUUCACGCGUAAAGAACAUUUGACCAAUCAUGUGCGCUUACACACGGGCGAGUCGCCACAUCGCUGUGAAUUCUGUCAAAAAACGUUCACGCGCAAAGAGCAUCUCACGAAUCAUUUACGGCAACAUACCGGCGAAACACCUCACUGUUGUACUAUUUGUUCGAAACCAUUUACGCGAAAAGAGCACCUUAUAAAUCACAUGCGUUCGCAUACUGGAGAGAGGCCGUUUUCGUGUGGCGAAUGCGGCAAAUCGUUCCCUUUAAAGGGAAAUCUACUGUUUCAUCAGCGAUCUCAUAACAAAGGGGCGGAAGCCGAAAGACCAUUCCGCUGCGACUUAUGUGACAAAGACUUUAUGUGCAAGGGACAUUUGGUAUCUCAUCGGAGAUCUCAUAGCGGCGAAAGGCCGCAUGCGUGUCCGGAUUGCGGUAAAACAUUCGUCGAAAAGGGUAAUAUGUUACGGCACCUCAGACGACACACGAAUGAGAAUGGUCAAUUGCGGCCUCCCGUUGCGGGCACACAAGUGUCUUCGUCUUCGAAUGUUACUCCGGUGCAAACGUCGGUGUCUGCAACGUUACAGAUUCCGCAGGUAAGCCAGGCGCAAAGUUUGUCAAACGCUGUACCCACCGGUGCACCCCCUAGUAUCGUUCAGCAGCAGGCGCAACAUCUGUCGAUGCAUCAGCAGGCUGGACAUCCGGUCGUAGUGCCCACUGGAAAUGCGAACGUUCUUACUUCUUACUGAUACUGAAGUGAGCUGAAGUAUACAUCACUAUAAGUUGGCAUUUACUAGAAAUAUACCGUUCAUUGUAAGCGAUUAUUAUUUUCAUAUCUCCAAUUAAAUAUUUAUCUAGUCUAUAUAUACUGCUUCACCCAAAACUUUUAAAUGAAUAGGUAUUUCUUAUUUAUGAAACAUUUCAAUCAGAUGGAAAAAAAUGUACUUUUUGUUUAACGAAAAAGUUUGUCAAAAAUUAAUCAAAAACAUGAUAUUCAUAAGUGAUAUCACAUUUUUGGUCUGUUAGAUUUCUUCCUUUUCUAAUUAUUUAAUUGAAUUAUAACGAAUUUUGUUUACUAUUGAUUGGUACACGUUUUAUGUGGUGGUAUGGAUCUAAUUCGAUAGUUGCAAUGGAAGUGUAAGAAUAAAUGAGGACAUGCAACUGUGCGCAGUUAAUGUAAAUGGCUAAUGAUUGUUAUUAAAUAAACGAAUACAUAAUAAUUUAAUAAACAGCUUCUUUUGAAUUGAUAUCGGAAUUUAUAACAAAUAAACACCUCAAAUCACUAGCACAGUUUUGCUUAUUUUGAGAGGUCUGCUUGUUGUUAUCUUUUGCUUUUUGUUUUCGAUUUAUAGAAUUUUAUUUUUAUCAUUUAAUUUUAGUUCUGAAUUUUCAUAAGUUUGUUUUGAGCUCUCUCAGUGUUAUAUAAACGCCAUAUUUAUGUAUUUCUGAAUUAAUAAUUAAUACAGCUUUCAAUUCGAUUGACAAAACGGUUUAAUUAAAAUGGUUUUAUAUCGGGUGAUAUCAGAAUAUUUGCAUUCUCUUUGCACUAUAGUGCAAAUAUUGUAGAAGUGCUUUAAUAUGUGCUGUAAAUUAAUAAGAAAAAAUUGUUGCACCGGUAAAUUAGUUAUUUUGCUUGCAUUUUCUUUUGUUUACUUUUGGGACUUUGGGAUCGUUUAAAUAAAAUAGCAAAGUGGCAUUUGAAAAUACAAUAAUAAAAUUAAAACUGAUAACUUUCUCACUUAUAUGCUACUGUUAAGGUAUAUUCUUACUUUCUUUAAAAACAUUUUAGUCAGUGGUCUUAUUUGAUAGAUACUCAUUUUGAUAUUGUCUGUGAUAAUUCAGAUAACUUUUUUAUUAUUCCUUAAAUAUUAAUUUGUUUAGGCACUUCUACACUUGAACUGAAAAAUAAUUGGGAGCAAAGUACUAAAAAGUUGAUUGUUUUUAUAAAGAGAAAGUACUGUAGCAGUUAGUUCUGUUCUUCACAAUGCCAUAACUUGGAAAAGAAGUAUGUAUUGUACUGAAGAUGGAAUUGUUAUAUAUUUGUAUAUAAGAAAAUAAAAAUAUUUUUAGUGCUACUACAGGUGUUCAAAAUAAUAGACAUAAGAGUAAAGAGCACUAUUUUGUAGAGGUAAAGAGUUUUCAAUGUGAGGAAGUCGAUUAAUCUGAACACUUCUUAUAGAGGCCAUUCGUUUUAUUUUAGUGUUAAGUUAUUUUUACACUGUAACCAGCAAUAUUUUUAUAUUUUAUUGGCCAGUAACUUUCAAUGUGCAUGUUUGACAACUUAACUUUAUUAUUUAUUGUGAUACAGUUUAGCUUGAUUUAUUAUAUAAGAUAAAUAAAUAUUAUACGCUGAUUUUGUAUGAUGAGAUGUUGCCAUGAUGGCAUGGCAUGACAUAAAGAUGAUUUAUCCUCGAGUAAAUACAACGAAUUGUGAUGUUUCAAUUUCAGCAAUAUAUUAAAAUAUAGCAGCACAUUACGAGGGAUUGAAUUUUAGCACAAAAAUUAUGUAGUAUAAGGGACCAUCCGAAUUUCUUAUCUUAUCUUAUCCAUAAGAUGCCUUGAUAUUGCCAUAUUUAUAGAUUUAGAAGGCAGAUCGGAAAAUUUAUCAAGUCAGAAUUUUGGAUUGUACUGUUCUGCAAUAAAAAUAUACCAUUGUACACGUUUAAGAAGAUAAUUGCAUUUCAUAUUGUUAUACAAAAGUUGAGUGCAAUAACUUCUCUCAGUUUUUUGCAGUUCAAGAAAAUUUAGUGAAUUACAAAUAUGUCAGUACUAGUUGUGAAAAAAAAAACCUUCGCUUCUAACAGAAUUUUACUUGUAUGAUGACCAGUAAAGAUAGUACAAUCUGAAAUGCUACAUAUAAAUUAACAAAAAAAGUUUAACUAAGCGCAUAAACUCUUUUUUAAAUCUGUCUUUUAGAAGCUUUUUAAUUAGAACUAAGAUAUUGAAAAUUGACUUUGAUAUGAUAUAUGCUAUACAAUGUAUUAUAUCUUUAUAUACAUAUAUAUGUAUAUGUUUUAUUUUUUUGGCAAUACAAGGCGAAAUUGUAGAUUUGAUUUGUGUACUAUACAUUAAAAAAAAAACUGUAUUUAUAUCUGUCUUUAUUACUUAAUUAAGACAGAUUCAAAAUUUAUCUAUCUCAUAGUACUUUAGAGUGUUAUUGGUAAUAAUAAUUGAACCCGAAUAUAGUUCUGUAAAAAUGUAAA